CCUCUGCUUUCAGUGGACAAUUUUGUUUUGGUAAUACCGACUACGCUUUGUCACACCGAGCCAAGGUCCAUCUCACGAUUUAAACCUGCUACUAAUGCACGUCGGAAUAUUUGUAAAACCCUUGGCACAUCUCCGAGUUCUGCGUUUCGCCUGCUGCCUGUGAGGGCCACCGCCCCCUGUCGUCGCUGUGUUUUCAACCCUAGAAGCUAGUUAGCAAACCAGCUAAGCACUGCCAGUCAUUACACAUGUCAUCAGAAGAAGGUUUGAGCUCAACAAUUACGGGUUGGCUUUUUGUUCAUUCCUGGUGGCUACUACUGCCGUUCAUCAUGCUGCUGGUCGUCGCUGCCUUCAUUGUCGCCUUCGUCCUGCUGUUGUACAUGAUAUCGCCGCUUAUUAGCCCCAAACCCCUCAAACUGAACGGGGCCCACGUCGUGGUCACUGGAGGCUCCAGCGGGAUUGGGAAAUGCAUUGCAAUGGAAUGCUACAGACAAGGAGCUUUCAUUACUCUGGUGGCACGUGAUGAGGCAAAAUUGAUUCAAGCCAAGAAAGAAGUGGAGAAAUUUGCCAUCAACGACAAACAAGUUGUACUUUGCAUAUCAGUGGAUGUUUCCAGUGAUUACAGUCAGGUGGAAAGUGUCAUAAAACAGGCUCAAGAAAAGUUGGGUCCUGUUGAUAUGCUUGUAAACUGUGCUGGAACCUCCAUAUCUGGAAAGUUUGAAGAAGUGGAGGUAGACCGUUUUAAGAGGCUGAUGGAGGUGAACUACUUGGGCAGUGUUUAUCCAACACGUGCCGUCAUAACCACCAUGAAGGAGAGAAGAAUGGGCCGCAUCAUGUUCGUUUCCUCCCAGGCGGGCCAAAUCGGCCUAUUUGGCUAUACUGCUUACUCCCCGUCCAAAUUUGCACUGCGCGGUUUGGCCGAGUCCCUGCAGAUGGAGAUAAAGCCAUACAAUAUCUAUGUGACACUGGCCUUCCCACCAGAUACAGAUACGCCAGGGUUGGUUGAGGAAAACAAGACAAAGCCUCUGGAAACCAGAUUAAUCUCUGAAACAUCUGGAAUUUGUCAACCAGAUCAAGUGGCCAAAAUUGUUGUCCGAGAUGCCGUGCAAGGAAAUUUUAACAGCUCUGUGGGUCCAGACGGCUACAUGCUCUCAGCUCUAACCUGCGGGAUGUCACCCGUCACCUCUAUCACAGAGGGUCUCCAGCAGAUUGUCACCAUGGGUCUGUUCCGUACCGUAGCCCUCUUCUACCUCGGAAGUUUUGACAGCAUCGUGCGUCGUUGCAUGAUUCAGAGGGAGCAGUCCAAGUUGGCCGACAAGCGAGAGUAAUUAUUGCCGUUCCCUGGUCCAAAAUGACCCACGAGCAGCAAGGUGAAUGGACAGUGUGUUUACUGUAAGCGGCUUCACUACUCGUGUCCCCUCCCUCCUCUCCGCGCAGUGACAUUUCACUUAAACGUGCACAUGCUUCUCGUCACGGGAGCAGCCUUACAUUAACAGGUGUUUUUUGGUGUUGUAAUAAUGAAGGGAGGCGAUAGUACACAUUAGCGGGCCUCUCUUCUCUUCUGGCACAGGAAGAGCAAUAUCCUGUCGAACCGGUUGUGCCAAAUAUGGCCUGAAAUUCCCUCCUAAGGGGCUGCAGUCAUAACAAGACUGACACGUCACCUUUUGUCCUCACGUUGCAUGCUUCUUAAACGUAGAGGCCACAGUAUUCUAAAUGUAUCGUUUCACCCAAUAAGAAGCAUUCUCAACCUUUUCCUAGCAUUAAGUCUUUGCGGGCAAAGACCACUUAAAUCAGACUACUCUGUUGGAACCGUGACUUUGUGUGUUUGUUUUAAUGUGUGUGUCAGAGUGCAGCUGCGGUGUAAAUAUGUGUUGAAGUAUAAAAAAAUUUAAGUUUUGUAUGAAAGGAAUGGCACAUUUGAAAAAUGUUUUUGUACGUGUUCAAUUUGCCACAGUCUGACUGGAAAGAUAUGACUUGUAUACUUUGACUGUGACAUUAUAGUAGUGAGUAAGGGACAAAACACUAGGGAGGCGACGGCGAAAUGCGAAAGUCAUUGCCUCUUAGCUGAAAGCCAACACACGGGGCGCGAUGCGACUGCAGCGGCAAGCAGCUGCGACACGCAUCGCUUUCUGCCCAUGCGUCAUCCCUCUCCUAUGAUUGGCUAUGAAUUCGGAGGGCAUUUCUAAAUUUCCGGUCUUUUCUGAGCACCAGCUCAACUUCCUAGACUGCGUUUUUUUUUAAUUUAUGUCCCGUAAGUUUUUGUGUUUUUUUUUUUUUUUUUAUGAUAAGCAAUGUUAUACAAACAUUGAAACUUGUAAAGCACAGCAAACGUACAAGAGAGACGAGAGAAAAAUGAAAUAGCCAUGUUGACAGUUUUUUUUUUUUUUUUUCAUGUUGACGAAGUGUGGCGUGUGGAUGUCAAUUUCGCAGGUGAUUUGUCGAUCAAUAAAUCCGUAGCUGAUUGGUUGUAGUGCCAGGCGACAGAUAUAGAACCAUUUCCUAUUUUUUAAUGUCGCGUCGCUGGUCCGCACGUGUACGUGUACGAGCGAAUAAUUUCACGUGCACUAAUGUCGUGUGUCGCUUCGCCGCAAGAAGGUUAGCAAUUUUCGCAUCAUCGCGCUCGUUCCAUAGAAAAUGUAUUAAAUGCGAGCAACUUUGCAUCCCAUUUGUUUUAGCCCUAAUUUGUCAAUGAAGUGCAUAACAAUACAAAACCUGUCCACCACUUGGGCUUCUUCUUUGCAUUUCGUAUUCAUAUGAGCUGAAUUUACACUGCAUGGUUUAAGUCACACAAUUAGGUUUCGCCACCAAUUGGCAUAAAAAUGGGGGCAGGGGGAUGUUCGAAAUAUUAUAAAAAUCUAAAAAAAAAAUAAAAUAAAAAAACCCCAAACAUUAUACAUAUGCCAAUUUGAUCACAGUACAAACGAACAGAUUAGAUAUAGGUAUACCCCAGCAGCAUGAUGCCAUUAAAAUUCACUGAUGGGCCCACGGUGUCUGUAAAGCCAGACAAACACAUUAGGUGAAAAACAACAACAGCUUUGAAUUUAAAACGACAAAGAAGGGACGGUGAAAUAUGGUGUAAAUAUGCCACAUCAGAGGUUGUCCAUCAUUAAGUAACAGCUGAUGGUGUCCAGUGGAGGAGUAACAUGGAGGUUUCCCUCAUUAAAAUCAAUAGGAGGGAAAACUCUCCUCAAGCCAACUCAACGCCACCUAAGGAUUAAUAUUUGUAUUGUUUAUGUGUUUACUGUUGUCACUGGCUUUGGCAGUUAAAUAUGAGCAUUUUGUUCGUCCGUACAUGCGGGUUGUGUCAUGUGUUCCAUCAGUCUAAAAACACCCACAUUAUGUGUGCUACUUGAAAUGUGCAUGGAAAUGGUCAUUAAUUAGCAGAAAGACAUAGUGGAAUUGGGCGAUUAGACCUGCAGUGUAAAUACAUUUUACAGUAUUUAUCUUUCGAAGAAUCAAGAAACUGCAGUGACACUUUCUUUAUCCUUCUGGUAUCAUAUUUCAAAAAUCCAAAAAUGGGGUGUUAUUUGCAACCGGUCGAAACAAAUACAACUAAUUAAUUUUGUACUAGACUGAAUCAAAUAGAAUUGUAUUGGUGAAAAAAAGAACAAUUUAAGUGUGUGUUUUCGUGCUUCUGUGUUGUGACUGAGCCAAUCCUUGUUCAGAAAGAAGCCAUUGAACAUUAUCUCCUUCACGUCCGGCUUUUUUUUACAGCAGGGUACUAUUAUUUCCAGCCAUAGGUUAUGAAAGUUCCAGUGACUGUUCACCUCUCAAUUCUAAUAUACUUUUUUUUUUUUUUUUGGGGUUCAUUUAGUAUGAAAAUGGAAACUUACGUGUAAUUUUUAUCUGUCAUUGCACAUGAGACUGCCACGCAAUCGGCAUUGGCGCUGACCUAAAUCAGGGCAGAGCGAGACUCGCUGGUUCGAGUAAUGCCUGUGCGGGUCUAGUGAGGGUGCUAGAGAUUUGUUUUACAUGCAAACAGUGCACAAAAGAUUUUUCUCUUCUCUACUUUUGACAUCCUACAAAACACGGACAAGACACUUAAAUACCCUCAAAAUACAAUAUUUAACACACUGAAUUGGUGUCCAACUUUGAGCCUUGUACGUCUUCCUUUGAACCAGAAUGUACUUUCAUUCAAGUGUGAGCAUUUUUUUUUUUUCGCACGCUGAUAGUUGAAUGCCAAAAUGUGUCAAGACAAUUCCUUUUACGAUGUCUUUUGUGGUUGCGGGGAGAUAAGCUGCAGCCUGUUCUAACCAAGCCUUAAGAUGAUGAGUGAUCAUGCGACCACAAUGGAGCCCCUCCACACUGAUAUGCGGGUGUGUAGUUUACCAAUGAUAUCAGCAUGAGUGCAAAACCUUUUUUUUAUGUCUCUUUGUAUGUUGUGACAAUUAUGAAAAGACGCCUUAGAUAAAUCCAAAACAUGAAAGUGAGAAAACAUGACUCGUGUUUGAUGACGUUCUCGUUUGAUUUUUGGUUUAAAGGCGUGCCCAGCUUUUGUUGUUUCCUUUAAGAGUCCACUCAUUGUUUGAGGUAGCAACACAUACUGGUGCAUCUCAGUAAAUUAAAAUAUUGUCAAUUUUUUAAUUUUUAUUUUAGUAGUUCAAUUCAAAACUCCCUGUUUAAAUGCCUGUUUUUAUAGCUAAAAUUUAUUUUUAUUAUAUAACCUGUAAUUCGAGUCAGGAAAAAAGACAUUUUUCAAGAAUGGAAGUAAAAAUAUUUGAGAAUGUUAUUGCACAAGUGUGUACAACAUCUUAUAGAGAAGUUUUCUGAGCGAAAAUUGGGCGGUGCCAUCUUCCGGUAUAGACAGAACCCCAUUAAUUGCGGUUGAAGUAGACAAAGUUUUAAACUGCAAAAAGUCCGUGUAUGACUUGUAGUAGAUGAGUGUUUUCCAUUCUUUGUCGUUGAAGCUAAUACAAAGCUAAUGAUGUCUCCUUGGUUCCACAUCUGCCUUCAUGAACACAAAAUUCCAAUAUUCAUGUCUUAGGACAGAUUCAACUAGAUGCUUCGGAGCUUUUCAGGUCCCUGAUUGCGUUUCCAUCCAUCAAAUCAAAUCAAAUCAAUAAAAUACUAAAGUUUUGGUUGUGGUGACUCAUAGCCAUUUCUUCAUGUUGUCCCUAAAUGUCAUGAUGAUGGCAGAUGGAUGCGGCAUUUCCAAAUUGUCUUUUUUGAGGGAUUUUGAUGAGUAAUGCCACUCCCGCUUCACUGUUGUUUUGGUUAGAGAAAGUGUAAAACUGAAGUCGCAAGCAGAAAGGCGGAAGUACCUCGGAAACUUGUCUAUAACUGGAGAUUUGAUAGUGUUCAGAGUUAUCCAGUUACUUUUAAACUCAGAUGUUUCAAUAAACCGUUCCUGUAGUUUUUGUAGUCAUCUUAUAGGGGAGUGUGAAUGCUUGCAGCAAGGGCUGCAGCUAUCGAUUAUUUAAGUAAUCGAUUAAUCCAUCAAUUAGUUAGAAUAAUCGGGUAAUCGGAUCAGGAACAUUUAAUGCAUUGCAAAAUAAAUUUUAUGAGAUGAAAAACAAAAGCUUGUUAAGACUGCACUUUCAAAAGAGCAUUAAAUCCAAUUACAAAAUAAAAUUUCCGAGUGUUUCUUCAAGCAAUGUAGAAUUGCACUUUCAUUUCACAGUAGCAAUAAAUGUAUUUAAAAAUAAAUUAAAAUACCCGAGCUUAGCCACAAACUGUCUAAAAAAAAAUUUUUAAGUGUGGAUCUAAGUACAAAAAAAGAAUAAUUGACUAACUUGCAUAGCAAUUGACUAACUUGCAUUGCAACAGUCCGCUAGCUUAAAUGCGAUAAAAUACUUUUUUUUUUUUUAACAAAGCUCUUAAUAAAUCUUUCAAACACAUAUUCCCACAAAAACCCCUAAAUAUAAACUAAAUUACGAAUGCAUAAAAAACAUUAGCUCAAACUAAAACUUCCGUUAUGUUGGUCUUAACACAGAGUAGCUGCAUUCAGCCGUGUUAAAUAACUUAUAUCAACCCCGCCACUCUAUUUGAACGAAUUAUUGAAGCAGCAAAAAAAAAAUUUCUAAUCAAAAAAUCUAAAAUAUUGUGCAGGUCAAAUCACACAUUCAUGUUUGAAAAUGUACAGUUCUAAACAAAAACAGGCAUUUGAACACGGCUUUUUAGUUUUCUCGUAAAUACUUUUCAGGAGGUCAGUUUAUUAUCUCAUUGUUAAACAAAAGUUGAGAUUGUUAAUAUAAUUUUAUUUCCAUAGGGAAUUUUAUUUUGUUCUAUAUAAUCAUCCAAAAUUAUUUUGAAUUGUAAUUGUAUCGAGUUUCACAUUUCUGACUUGAAACCCCCCCCCCCCCCACUUUCUAAUGAAUUUAGAUGCACCCAUAGUUAUGUAGCCUGUUGUUUUAACACUGUUAAGCUAUGCAAAGAAAAGCCUGUGCUUUCAAUGUCUUUGAGCAUUUACAGUCAGUAUUAGAGUUUUAAAACAGGCAUUUGAAGUCAUUCACUGCUCAUCACUGUAAAAAUUGUCUUUAUGUUAAAUCCCUCGUUUUUCUUUCUCACCUUUCACCUUGUGUGCCAGGGAAAGCAACCUGUCAGAGGUAGAAAGCAACCUGUCAGAGGUAGAACACUGUUGUAUGUUUUCUGACAGGUGAACUGAAUAAAUAUGUGUGGAAAUCUCA